GGGAAGGUCACAUCUGAGUUUGCAGCACACAAUCUCACCCUGCUAUCACCAAUCCCCUCAGGCUCCAUUAUCCACGAUAAUGCCUGUGGCUCCGGGACUGUAUCACGGCACAUCCUGUCUGCCAGCCCGCCACCAGAAGUAAAAAUCCACGCCACGGAUAUGGACCAAGUAUUCAUCGACGUGCUCCAAUCCGACGUACUCAAAAACGGCUGGCCCAUUGAAGUCUUGAACGAGAGAUCCGAAAGCCUGUUAUCCUUUUACGACGACUACUUCACGCACUCGAUAACGAACAUCGCCAUCUUCUUCACCAGCUCCGGCGGCCUUGACGGCACAAGAGAAAUCUACCGCACGCUCCAGCCCGGUGGCACCGCAGUCGUAAAUUGCUGGGAAGCCGUCACAUGGCUUCUCCCCAUUAAACUCGUGCACGACGCUACACGCCCGGGGAAACCGUUUUUCGCACCCCCGUUGCAGUGGAGCGACGGGAAGCAGAUCCAAAAGAUCAUGGCGGAUGCUGGAUUCAAGAAGGAGAAUACGCGGGUAGAGCGGAGUGAG